AUGUUCACAAACCGCAUAUUUAUAGACUUGACCGAUAAAGUUAUCGAACGUGCUAAUAAAUCAUCUACAUCUAAACCCUUACCUAAUAUUGAACUUUCGCUUAAUUAUAAAUCUCCAUUUAAUGAUAAAUUUUUGUUUAAUAAUGAAUCUUCGUUUAAUUAUCAAUCCUCAAUUAAUGACAAACCUUCUCCUAAUUAUGAACCCUUGCCGUAUUCACCUAAUGAUGAGCUCUUAUCCAACGAAUCCUCAUUUAAUGAUGAACUCUUAUUUGAUAAUGAGCUCUUGGAAAAUAACGAAUCAGAAGCAGAUAUGAACAAUUAUAUAAAAAUUUAUACUCACCUUGAGCUAAACACAAAUCCGAAAUCAACAGCCAGCACAAUGAAACGAGCUAAUAGGCCUUUAUCUAAUUAUAGCAAUUCUCGUCCUAUUCAGAAACCAUCAAAAAAAUUAGGUUGCAAAUCUUACCUACGAGUAUUGAAAUGUCAUAAUGAGAAGGAAAAUUCAGUUCAAGUCAUUCACUAUACAAGUCAUAAUGGACAUAUCCCUGAUACUGAUGAAGAUUUACGUCACUUUUGUAUUUCUCAACAAGCAAAAAAAUGGAUCCAUGCAAGGGUGAAAGAUGGAAUGCAGCCUUCCCAAAUAAGACGAGAUAUGUAUCUUUCCUAUAUCGACAUUUAUAAUAUUGUUAAUGAUGAGAUGAAAGGAGUGAUUUUCUUAGGUAACAAGAAAGAAGAAUAUGCUAUUAAAAACCAAAAUCAAGAAUGGAAACCACAUACCUUUCUUACAGAUUGCGAUAACGCACAACAAAAUGCAAUUCGUACAGUAUAUCCCGGAGCUACGAUUCUGUUAUGUCAGUGGCAUAUAAAGAAUGCCUGGCAAAAAAAUAAAGGAAAAAUUAAAGCUGAUAGUAAUCAUUUUGCGGCUCAAGAAAAGAAUAAAAAUAAUAGCAAUAUUUUUAAACGAUCGGGAAAGCAAGCGACUCAGAAGGUGGCAUUGGAUGAACUUGGCAUAAUUAUGAGAAUUCGAGAUACAUCCCAGGUGCAAAACACUUUGAUUUGGAUCCUGCGUGCUGCUAUAAUGGAUGCGCAAUUCGAAUGCGAAGCAGUCCAUUUGAUGAUUGGAAGAAUGAAAUCUAGACAAAAGGAACAGCAACACCAUGAGCUUGCUGGUUUGGAAUUAGAUGUUUUCAAUUUGCCUGGUAACUGA